AUGAUGGUACGGUACAGUUCUGAACUGGUCGAAGCACUAACUUCAUCGACUAUGAAAAUUCAUCUCCUUCUAUCGAUUGUUAUCUUCAUUUUUGGCUUUAUCGGCAACGGUCUUAACAUACUCAUCCUAGCCAAAAGAACACUUCGUUCCAUUCCGUGUAUAUACUUCUUCUUAAUGUCAUCAAUCGCGAAUCUAAUCUCGAUUCUGUUCGGUCUCAUACCACGAAUUAUAUCGACAUGGCAAUUAGAUUUUACUGCUACUCACGACAUUCCGUGCAAAAUACGUGCAUUCGUUCUAUUCACAACACGAACUGUAGCUUUAUGGUUGAUCACGUUGGCUACAAUUGAUCGAUGGUUAAUCUCCUCUAAUCUAUCGUUUUGUCGACAAUUAAGUACAUUAAAACGCGCGCGUAUAGGCUCCUUAGUUAUUACGAUUAUUUCUUGUUUAAUGUACACACAAAUGUUCUUUUGUUACAAAGCGAAUCUCACGAAUACACCGUUGAAAUGUUACGGACGGACACGACUAUGUCGCUCAUUAACUGAUAUAACAUAUGCUGGUUUUACUGUUUUAUUACCUUUAACAUUAAUGAUUCUGUUUGGCUUGUUGACAAUAUCGAAUAUACGAAAAUCACAACAUUUUGCCGAAUCACAUCGAGUUGUAUCCGUGCGAUAUUUGACAAACGAACCAACUCUGCUUUUCAAACAACGAAAACGACGACAGAAAAAACUCGAUCGUUAUUUGCGGCGAAUACUUUUUGUUCAAAUUAUUUUAUUCAUCUUCUUAACUCUUCCUCAAACGAUACACAAGAUUUAUUUCACAAGUUCAUCAUUUCAACACAAAUCACCAACUGGAUAUAAAUUCGACGCGUUGUUAUACAGAUUCGAACUUCUUCUACCAUUCAUAGAAAGUGCUUUACCAUUCUACAUCUGCACCUUGACCGGUGGAAGGAUAUUUCGAAAUGCUCUACGAAGAUUGUUCACAUGUCAGUAG